GCAAAUGAGAAGAAUAUGAAUUGUACUACUUCUACCACCACCAUUCAUAAUAAUAAUUACCGACCGACUACAAUGACAUCAUUUGUUAUGGAUGACCAGUUAAAAUCAGAUUACUGUCUAUUCAAUGAUAGUAAUGUCCCAAUAGAUUUAAGUAGAAACUCCGCAUCAUCUUUAAAUCUUUAUGAUGAAUUUAGUACAAGAAAAAACACCUGUUGUGAUAAAUGCAUUGAUCCUUGGAAAAGAGAUGAACAUAAAUGUGCAAAGAACGAAAAUAUUAUCAUGAAUAAAUAUUCUGUAAAUAACACUCUGAAGGACAAAUUUAAUCAAUUUAUGAAUACUACUGAUAAUUCCGUUAUUAGUAGUAAAAAACAAUCAUUAUCAUUUUGUCAAAAUUCACAAUCAGUCAGUUCAGAAUUAUGUCAAACUUAUAAGAAUUAUGACGAGGAACAUCGAAAUAUAUUAACACACUCAAAAAUAUCUAAUAAUAAUGGUAAUAAUAGUACUAAUGAUCACAAAUGCAGAUUUAUGAUAAAAGAUAUACUCGAAUUUCAGGAUCAUCCAUCAUCUGCUAAAGACGACGACGAUAGUACGAACAAUAGAUCAAAGAUUCGGUCUGAAGAGUCAGUGCACGAUUCAAAACCAGUUAAAGAAUUUCCUCAUCCUAAAAUAAUAUUUUGCAAUGAAAAUAACAAGUCUGUUAAAAAAAUCAGAAAUAAACGAUCUUCUUUUUGUUUAAAAACACCAACUACUGAAACAUUUGAAAGUAGCAUAUGUUUAUCAUCUAAAAAUAUGAGUUUCAUCCCACAUCUUGCAAAUAAUGUUAAUAAUAAUUAUAAUUAUAAUUAUAAUACAGUUAAUCAGAUAGAAAAAAAUCAAUCAUAUAUGGGGGACGAACAAGAAAAUAGAAAUGAAGAUUCUGACACUGCAAAGAUCAGUUCACAAAACACUCCAAAAUGUUAUUCUCGUCAAUAUCGCGUUGAUUAUCAACGAUUUGUACAAGAUAAAAAACGACAAAAUUGUUCAACAUGUAAUUUGAGUUUUUGUCAACCAGUAGAUUUUGUUCUACAUAUUCAAAAAGUUCAUCUUGGAUUAAAAUUGGCAAACAAUGAAAAUAAUUUAACAAAACCUUUAAAAGAAUCACUACAAUCAAACAAAAAUCACACAUGUAAAUCUCAGAAAAUACAUAGAAAUGUUGACGAUACUGGUGAUAUCCAUAUUGUUACUAAUAGUAACGAUAAUGAUCAUGAAAUGGAUCAAAUGAGAAAUAAUGAAGAUGGUAAUAAUCAUCCUUUAUCAUUGAAAUCAACAAUCGAUCGUAAUACAAGAAAAAGAUCUUAUAAAUCCAUAAAAACCAUGAGGAAAUAUUGA